UCACGAGAAAUUCCACACCCUAUGAACAUAUUUCUUUCUUUGAAUGGACUCUACUCGGUUACUGAGGUAGCACUGCCAGUGCCCAGAUGAUCAUGCCCAAACGAAAACGAGAAAAGGAGACGUACGACACCCCCGAAGACAAAACGAGAGCCACGCUCAAAACCGGGAUCGAAUAUGGCGAAAAGCUGGUUGGUAGAGCGCUAAAGCUCGCUCGCGGCCAGGAACAGCAGAAGUUGGUGAAGCGGCUUAGAAAAGCGAGAGAUCAAAAAGAUGAGAAGCUGUUGGCUCGAAUAGAGGAGGAGCAGCAGACAUCAAAGGUCGUCGACAUCCAUGCGGCGGCAAAGCGACAUGUUUUGAAGACAAUCUCGAAGAGCAAACUCAUCUCAUCACUACCGGGCUGUGAAGAGAUCUUGCAGGUGCCACCGUUCGAGAUCAACCCUACCCAAGCGACCGUGCUUUCCCGACUGCUCAAUUCGAACGCGGUUCAGGAGGCGACCAGGGGAAUGCUGAUAAAGCUAGGACGGGAGCUCGAGGUCGAUCUCGGGGAUAUUAUCCAGCCCAAGAAGAAGGCGAAGACGGAUCAGAAAGAGUCAAAAAGGAAGAAGACAGCCGAUUUGGCCAAGCCUGCAGAUGGAGCAGAGAUCGACAAAACGACGCGGUCUAAUAGAAGACGGAUUGGACCGGAGGAUAGAUCAGAAUCGCUUGACUCCGAUCUCGACGGCAGCGGCGAUGAUUCUCAAAUGUCCAUAGUAGAGUCAAUCGAGGAUGACGAUGGGCUACACGAGAAGCACGGCAAGGACGUUGCGUCGACGAAAUCUCGCGAUCAAAGCCUCUCACGCUCCGUUUCACACUCCCGCUCCCGCCCCAACUCCGACUCUCGAUCUCCCUCACAAACGCCCUCCCUCUCCCCCUCCAGCGCCCUCGCGCCCAAAUCCUCCGCCUUCCUUUCCUCCCUGUCUAUGCACGGCUACAUGUCCGGCUCCUCUUCCCCGGAACCCUUCGAAGAGGCGCCGCCGAAGAAGAACCGGCCAGGCCAGCAGGCGCGGCGGGCGAAGUGGGAGAAGAUGUACGGGGAUAAGGCGCGGCAUUUGGCGGAGCCGAAGGCGGGGGCGAAGGAUGAGAGAGGUGCGGGGUGGGAUGCGAGGAAGGGGGCAGUGGAUAAGGAUGAGAAGAGGAAGGGGUGGCAGGGGAAGGGGGAUAGACGCGGCGAUGGUGUGCGCGGAGGAUUCCGACGGGAAUUGAAAUUCGAAGAGAGGCCGGGGAUGGCGCCGGAGAAGCCCAAGGCCAAGCAGGAGAAGGAAGACGGGAAAGGCACGUUGCAUCCGUCGUGGGUGGCAAAGAGGAAAGCGAAGCUAGCAGAGAAGAAGAUAGAGUUUACUGGAAAGAGGAUCACUUUUGGUUGAAAGCCGGUCCUGAUGAUACCCAUGCUACCGUUAUCCUAAUUGUACAUAAUGUUCCGCGAGUCCCGGUGCCCAUCGGAGACCCUAAACCGAGUGCAGAACUCCGUGAU